AUGAUCCAUUAUCGACCUUAUUACGGUCUUUUAAGAGCCUCUGUUUCACAACUCCAUACUUUUAUAGAACCUAUUUCUCUUCCCUUAGCCAAUGUCCCAUUAAAAAUUCCAAGUCUACACCCAAAAAUAUUAGAACGACAGCAUGCACAAAAUAUUAAAAGAAUAGAAAAAUUUAAAAAUACUUUGAACUUGCAGGAUUACAAUAUAAAUAUAUCGAAAGAUGACCCUGAAAUUAUAAAAUGUCUUUAUCCACUAAGGUAUGCACAUAUUAAUAUAAAACAGUGUAAUAAUAUUAAAAAACAUAAUAAAAUAGAAAACGAAGAUAAACCUCAAAUAAUUACAACAAACUCAAAACUGUGUAAAUUGGGCAAAAAUUUAUUCAAUCUAAGCAUCAAACAAGUAUUUUUAAAAGUUUUUAAAAAGACCAGUACUGAUAUUAACGGCUAUGAUUUCAAUUAUUUCGAAAAAGUUAAUAGAAAAUUAAUUAAAAAUGCUUCAUUAGUUCAUGAGUUACGUGUAUUUUUAAAAUCAAAGGGUUUGAAACACAUUGCAAGAGUAAGUCUACCGCGACAAAACAUACAAAUUAAAACUCAUAUCGUUUUUGAUGAAUAUGUAUUUUUCUCAAUUAUUGGUUAUCUUAUUUUAACAGAUAACUUCCAUUCUGUAAAUAAGUUGAUUAACGAAGAGGUAUCCAAAGAAAUUAUCAGAACCAUUAUUUUGAAAAAAUGA